UACAUGUUACUAUGUACUAACAAUGAACACAGUCUGUAUUCUUAUAAUUGUUCUUUGCCUGUGUGUCGCUAAUGGCGAUGAAUCAUGUGACCGGAAGGAAAUGGAAGACACAAUUUGCAGUCUUUGCUCUCAACGAAAAGGAAAUCAGUCAGGUCAUCGAAUUGCCUUUUUUUCAUACAUGUCGAAAAAUGUCCCAAUUAACACUAUCUCCAAAUAUAAGACACUUGUCUAUGAUAGCGUUGAAACUAAUAACGGAAACGCAUAUGACGCAAAAUCUGGCAAAUUUACAGCUCCUGAAAGCGGGCUUUAUGUGUUUCAUACAAGCACGACUGCACGUGACAAAUCUCACAGCAUAAUUGAAAUUGUUAAAAAUGGUCAGGUAAAAGAUGUUAGUUGGGCCGAUGCCAUGGAUCAUAAUGAUAGAGCAGUCGCUUCUACAAUGACCAUUCUAAAUCUGACAAAAGGGGAUGUCGUACUGGUCAGGGUGGGCGUAUCAUUUGGAGGAAAUGUUCUGGAGAGUAAUCAGUAUACCAGAAUGAGUUUUUCCGGGUUUAAAUUGUCCUAAAGGACAAACAUGACCUUGAUCUGCCUUUGACUGGAGUAAUAACCUGCAUGAUUGUAAAG